AUGAAAGAUGUCCAGUAUUAAAGGCUGCCUGGUUUGACAUCAACUCAAACCCACCGAUCUAAGCAACAGAGAAGGACUACUGGACCCAGGGAUCUCUAUUUUCAGAUCGUUUGAAAAAACAGAUUUAAGAUGCCGAACUGGGGAGGUGGAGCGAAGUGUUCAGCCUGUGAGAAAACGGUUUAUCACGCAGAGGAGAUACAGUGCAAUGGAAGAAGUUUCCACAAAACCUGCUUUAUCUGCAUGGUCUGCAGAAAAGCCCUUGAUAGCACAACGGUAGCAGCACACGAGUCUGAAAUUUACUGCAAGACCUGUUACGGGAAGAAGUAUGGUCCAAAAGGCUACGGCUAUGGACAAGGUGCGGGAGCACUCAGCUCAGACCCCGGAGAGCACCUGGGGAUUCAACCGCAAGAAUCAAAGCCUCAUCGCCCGACAGCGAACUCGAACCCCAACAAGUUUGCUCAGAAAUUCGGAGGCUCAGAGAGAUGCCCGCGCUGUUCUAAGGCUGUUUACGCUGCAGAGAAAGUCAUGGGAGGAGGAAAGCCCUGGCAUAAAACAUGCUUCCGCUGUGCCCUCUGUGGGAAGAGUCUGGAAUCUACGACAGUGACUGACAAAGAUGGAGAGAUUUACUGCAAAGUUUGCUACGCCAAAAACUUUGGUCCAAAGGGAAUGGGUCUUGGAAAUCUGGGAGCUGUCGAAGAAAAACAGUAAACCAGCAGGGAUAACUUGUGAACAAAGCUAAAAUCUUCUGAAUUUUGUGUUAAAAUACAUAGUACAAAAUGAUGAGGCAUUCAUCACAUGUAAGAAAAAUGCUUUCUAUAUGACUUGACACAAAUAAUGUGACAUGUAAUUACCUUUAGAUGUGUAUAACCAUAUCGGAUAAUAUGCUGGAGUGUGGAUUGUACUUAUUUAAAUAUAUGACAUUAAUAAAUGUCAUCUCAUAGCCCAAUGACACUAAAAGAUGUUAGAGUCAGUUUUUCACUGAAAAGUGCAUGUAUUGUUCCUAUGAGGCCACUGCACAAAUAAAUGCUAGCCGCACUGUUAUGCCUUACAGUGGAUCUAUAUGGAUCUAUAAUAAUAAUAAUUUAAGGUAGUGAAGUAUAUGACCAGGCACAAAUCCCUUAAGUACAGUAUCACUGUUGUGCACAGAAAGGAUACAGUAUGUACUUAAUCUGACAGAAAUACUUAAUCUGACAGAAAGACUACAGCAUAUUAAUGUAUCUUAAUACAGAAAUGCUUACAGAAAUACUGGAUAACAAUAAUGCAAUUCACUAUUUCUCCAGGCUGGUAUUUCAUUUUAUAUCUUCAGAACAUAUCAAACUUAAAUAUAGAUAACCUAAAAAAGAUUGAUAUUAUUUCUCAAUAUCAAGUUAUACAUUGUCAAUUCAUACAAAAAAGAACCUUAGAUUUGCUGAUGUAUUUUUUUGGCCUUUGAUGGUUUGUUUUUAAAAAAAUAGAUAUUUUCAUAAUGCAAAUUCAAAAGAAUGGAAAUAUAGACAGACCAGAAGGGAAAAAAAGAGGAGGACAUAAGUAAGACAAAAUGAGACCGGAAAAAAUGUACAAUAAGUGUAAGCUUUAUAAGGGAAUCUUUAUGGUUAAAUUCAGUUUAGUUUGCUUAUUACAUGAAUGAGAGGGAUAAUAAUAACCAUAGCUAAUUUAUAUUUAUAUAACUACUACUAUAUUAAAAAGUGGGGGUAUUGUGUAUGCGCGAUACAUGGUGUGUAUGUGUAUGUGUCUCCUUGUAUGCAUAUGUGAGUGUGCACUAUAAAUUUAGAUUGCCAAUAAAUGGAGCCCAUAUUUCUCUGAAA